AGAGGCCAGAGCUCGUCUCCCCCAAAGACAUUCUCCCAGUCCAUUCGUCUAUCAACAGAAAAAUGAAGAGAAAGCUUGACGCAAACGAUGUUCCCUCUCCGGAAGCUCCCGACACCAAGGAUCACACAGAAACCGACAACACAGAGGGCUUUGAAAGCCUCAAUCUCGAUCCGCGACUCCGCCAAGCCCUCGUGAAAGAGAAGUUCAGCCAGCCCACCCCGGUUCAGGCCAAGGCUAUCCCUCUCGCGCUUGAGGGGAAAGAUAUUCUAGCCCGCGCAAAGACCGGUUCCGGCAAGACGGCCGCAUAUGUUCUUCCGAUCCUCCAAACUAUUCUCCAGAAAAAGGCGACCGACGCCUCGCUCAAGGCUACAACCGGCCUCAUCCUCGUCCCUACCCGAGAACUUGCUGAGCAAGUCCAAAAGGUCGUCACGACGUUCGCUGCGUUCUGUGGAAAGGAUAUUCGCUCGGUGAACCUAACACAAAGGGUCUCGGAUGCGGUCCAAAAAUCCCUGCUCGCUGAUUUUCCGGACAUUGUUGUUUCGACGCCUGCUCGUGUCAUUGCCAAUCUUGGAACUUCGGCCUUGUCUCUCGAGAACCUCACGCACUUUGUGAUUGAUGAAGCGGAUUUGGUGCUAUCAUACGGAUACGAAGAUGAUAUCAAUGCUCUGUCAAAGGCUGUGCCUCGGGGUGUGCAGACGUUCCUCAUGAGUGCGACUCUCACAGCGGAGGUUGAUACCUUGAAGGGGUUGUUCUGCCGCAACCCUGUGGUGUUGAAGUUGGAGGAUAAGGAAGAUCAAGGCGCUGGUGUCAGCCAGUUUGUCGUCAAAUGCGCGGAGGACGAAAAAUUCCUUCUGACAUAUGUUAUAUUCAAGCUCCAGCUGAUCAAGGGCAAAGUUAUUAUCUUCGUUGGAGACAUUGACCGAUGCUACCGUGUAAAACUGUUCCUCGAGCAAUUCGGUAUCAAGAGCUGCGUCCUCAACUCUGAGCUCCCAGUAAAUUCCAGAAUCCACGUCGUCGAAGAGUUCAACAAGGGCGUCUACGAUAUCAUCAUCGCUGCCGACGAGCAAGAAGUCUUGGGAACAUCUAAAUCCUCGAAGAAAUCCUCCGAAGCCACCGAGCAAGCCGCCAAUGCUUCCAGCGACGAAGACGAAGAAAGAAAAGAAACCUCAUCCACCUCGAAACGCCGCAAGCUCACAUCGAAAGAGAAAGACUACGGCAUCUCCCGCGGAAUCGACUUCCAGAACGUCGCAUGCGUUCUCAACUUCGACCUCCCCACCACCUCAAAAUCCUACACUCACCGCAUCGGCCGCACAGGCCGCGGCGGCAAAACAGGCAUGGCCCUCUCCUUCGUCGUCCCUGCCGACCAAUACGGCAAACACAAGCCCACCUCAAUCACCAGCGCGAAGCACGAUGAGUCCGUCCUCGCCAAAAUCGUCAAACGCCAAUCCAAGCAGGGCCACGAGGUCAAACCAUACCACUUCGAAAUGUCCCAGGUCGACGCCUUCCGCUACCGAAUGACCGAUGCCCUCCGCGCAAUCACCCGCCUCGCAAUCCAGGAAGCUCGCGCGCGCGAAAUCCGCCAGGAACUGGUCAAGUCCGAGAAACUCAAGCGCCAUUUCGAGGAGAACCCGGAUGAACUCAAGCAGCUGCGUCACGAUGGCGAGCUGCGCGCUGCACGCAUCCAGCCGCAUCUUAAGCAUAUCCCCGAAUACCUGAUGCCGAGUAAAGGGAAGAAGGGCCUCUCGAGUGAAGAUGUUGGGUUCGUUGGGUUCAGGAAGACGAGCGAGAAUCGGAUUCGGAAGGCUAGGGAUAAGAAUCGCGCGAAGGGGAGGGGUGGUGGAAGGAAGACGCCGGGUGGGGGCAGGAAGGUUGAUCCGUUGAAGACGUUUAAUCGGGGGAGGAAGUGAGGUUUGGUGUGAUCGUGCUUAUGUGCCGUAGCUAUGUCUAUAAUGUUUUCGCUCGGAGUGAUGGGUUGGGAAAAGCUGCUGCAUAUGAUAUCAACUUGCAUAUAGAAUCAAUACUAUGGGUCUAUAACCGCGGUCGAUGAAAGGCAAUUGAACCGUUUGCUCUGAAAGAAAGAGCACGGCUAAGCUAAGAGUAAACCACCUAUGGAAUAAGAUAAUCUAUACGGACAUCCAUCAGGAAUAUAUAUGCAUUUUCAUUUAAGAAAUCGAGAAAACACUAUCUCAACCCAAUCUCAAACUCCGGACCCAAGAGCGUCUCAAGCAGACUCUCCUCCAACCCUUCAAGGCCAAAAGAGAACUGCGCCCACUUCCCUCGCCCUUCCUUUCGACUCUGCAGAACCCUUCGCUGAACGGCCUUCGCCGAGCGAAUCGACUCCCGGAAUCGCUCGAGCUCCUUUCCAAGUCGGUAUUUGCGGCGUUCGACCUCGACGUCCCAUGAUUCACUUGAGCCGGUUAGGUUCGAUGAGAUUUCACCGGGUGUAGCGAAAUGGCUGGGGCUUGGUGCGGCAUGGAUGGAGGAGGCGAGGGACCGGGAGUUCGAUGGGUGAGUGCUGGUUGAUGUCAAGGCUGUCAUGGGGAUAUCACUCUCAUUUAGCUGGGGGAGCCACCCCGGCCCGAGACGGAUCCAUUCAAUAUCUCGCCAGGAUCCGUUCCAUUCGGGACCUGUCGUAUAUGCUUCGCCCUGAGGACCGACCCCCUCCCAAUUCAGCGCGGGGAUCCAGCCGCCGCAGCCUUCGAGAUCUAGCCACUUGAGACAGUACGUUACGCGGGACAACUUGCGGAGGAUACCCGCUGAUUCGGCCCAGUUGUUCUCUAUGGCGGAGUAUGAGUCUGUGCCGCCGUAUGAGAAGGUGAGGGAGCGGUGCGUUGGAUGUCUGAUGCUGGCGUUGAGUGCGUGAGGGGUUAUAGUUGGGACUGGCCAAUGAGCGAGCGAUAAGUGCGUUAUUGUUGAGAGGCGGGAUAGAAGGUGGAUGAGCGAGUUCCAGUUCACGGAGGCUGGGUUUGGAUGUGCGAGUGAGAGGUACUGUAGGUUUUCGAAACGGAGACCCUGUACUGAUUUGGGAAUGGUACUGCGGGUGCUAGAGCUGGUAUCAACUCCCUCCUCAAGUUCCUCAUCCCAAGACGAUGGAACUGAGCCCGGCGCAUCAAUCUGGACAGGGACAGGUUUCUUUGGAAGCAACACUUCUCUCGGGAGCUGCUUCAGAGACAUCCACCGGCCAAUUGCGCCGCUAAGAUCAAGGUGCGUCACCUCUCUAUCGGCUGCCGCAACCUGUUCAGAGCCAUCACUCUCCACAUUCUCGAACAAUGGCUUGAGACCCCGCAUAAGACCUUGCAAAGGCUGGUCUUUCGCAUAGUAUCCGAUAUAGCUAAGUAGCAACACCUUGAUAUGCGUAGGUAAUAGCGCCAGGAACUGUCCAUCAUAAGCAAUAUGCCACGCCCAGUGCAUAGCCAUUGACUUCAAGAGCGCAUGCAGAAAGCUGCUUUUUGCGGGGAAUUCCUUCCCAGGUAAGCGCUCAAGGCGAUAUAUGAUCUUCGUCAUCUCAGCCGCAUCCAAUUCGCUCUCCUCCUCAUUAUCUGCCGCCGAAUUUCCUGAAAGCCAGCUCUCGGGCGGCGGCGGUCCAGCUGUCCUCCUCAAUCGUCGUCCGACGAUCCCAGUGCGUCGUGCAUCUGGGCGGGGGCGAGGUGGAGGGGUCUCGGGGAGCUCGAGGAGAUUCCGUAGAGAUGGAUGGACGGAUCGGGGCGCAAUCUGUCGAGAUGGACUGCGAUUAGUGUCGGUCGCUGACGCGGAGACUUGGGUUCGGCGGAGGUGGUUAAUUAGGUCGUUGACGGAGGGUUGCUCCCCGCCUGGGGAAGCGGCAGACGACCGGAAGCGAUCAUUUUGGGCGUGGAAGCCGGAAGUCGCGAGUGUAUGAUGGGGUGUGCUGAUGGGCUUGGCAAACGUGUUCCUGUGGUGUUUCUUGGGCAUAGGUGCGUGAGGUAUGCGGAGGAUGGAGGGGAACGAGGAAAUGAGGAGUUAUAAAUGAGAUGACGAAGGCUGCUGAGGG